ACGAAGAUGGCAGCGCUGGGCAGAAUGGCGCCCAAGCUGGGCUGCUCGUUGCUAUGGCCCAGUGGUAUGAGGAGGGCGGAGGUGGGACGGCGAGGGGUGCGGGCAUUGCGGCGGAGCCCUGUAAGGGUGUUGCCGCCGCAGAAAGAGAAGAGAGCAACGGCGGCGGAAGAGCAGAAAAGCCCCCGGGAGCCGCCCCCUCCGCCACAGCCAGCAGUGGAGCGGAGGCCGGCUGGGCCUGGGCUGUGGUACGAGAAGGCGUCGCCCGGUGACAAGAGACUGGGAAAAGUGGUGACUAUUGCCAAGUCGAAGAAGUUUAGGGAUCAUCAUGGGAAGGUUCUGCUGGAAGGCCAUCGCCUGAUCAGGGAUGCCCUAGAGGCAGGAGCUGUGCCUCGGAUACUCUUCUUCAGCACCCUGGGGCACCUGAAGGAGCUGCCUGAGACAGAGCUAAAACGAGCCAGCUUAGUCAAGGUGAAAUUUGAGGACAUUAAGAACUGGUCUGACCUCAUAACUCCUCAAGGGCUUAUAGGGAUCUUUUCCAAGCCUGACCAUGCCAAGAUGUCUUACCCUGCUGCUCAGCUGGCCAACUCCUUACCACUGCUCCUCAUUUGUGACAACAUCCGAGAUCCAGGAAACCUGGGGACUAUUCUGAGAUCUGCAGCAGGAGCAGGCUGUGAGAAAGUGCUGCUCACCAAAGGCUGUGUGGAUCCAUGGGAGCCAAAGGUGCUCCGAGCAGGCAUGGGGGCUCACUUCCGUCUGCCCAUCAUCGCCGACCUGGACUGGGAAUCUGUUCCCAGCAACCUUCCUGCUGCCAUCCAGGUCUGUGUGGCUGACAAUAAAGACCCAGGCGCUCGGGCUGAGACCACGUCCGUGCUGACGGGAUCUUCCAGGGCUGGCCCUGCUCCUCUGAGAUCCAAACCUAAGGCUGCUCCUGAGCAUGAGGAUGAAGAGGGAGCAGAAGGUGUCUGCAUCCCAGAGCUGGCUGUGCAGUAUUACCAUGAGAACUGGACACAAGCUCCAGUGGCAGUGGUGAUCGGAGGAGAAACCCACGGCCUGAGUCUGGAUGCGCUUCAACUGGCAGCCAGCACGGGAGGGAAGAGGUUGGUCAUUCCCAUGGUGCCAGGCAUGGACAGCUUGAACUCUGCAAUGGCUGCUGCCAUCGUGCUGUUUGAAGGGAAGAGACAGUUGCUGCAGAGGCACAAGCAGGAAGAUGAGAGGCAGCCCUUCCCUGUAGUGGGCUGAACUGCUGAGGUCAGGUGCUGAAGCAACAUCUCUCCCGUUUGGCAU